AAUACAAUCAACAACAUUCAAAAUUCUUCAGAAUUACACCAAUCACAGAUGAGUAACAUUUCCAUUUCCUUAUGGUUCUCAUUUUUUAUAAACUUCCGGUGAAGCUUCGAAGAGUUCUUGGGAAAUGAUUUGAUAUGUUCCGUCAAUGGUUCAGUAACUAAACAAGACAGAUGCAAAAUCAUACUGGGCAUCCUAUGUCAAUGAUGGGACCAGGACGACCAGUAAAUGGACCCCCUAUGUCAGUACCUUCAAUGUCAAUGGCAGGUGGAGGACCCAUGAUGUCAGGUCAACCGAUGACUGGUGGUGGACCCAUGUCAGUUAGUGGACCCUCUAUGUCUGGGCCAGUUGGACAUUCAAUGUCAAUGAUGUCAGGACAUGGAAAUGGACCACCAAUUUCUAUGAUGUCUGGACAUGCAAAUGGACCUAUGCAUAUGAGUGGGCAUGGUAAUGGACCAAUGCACAUGAUGGGACAAGGGAAUGGACCAAUGCCAAUGGGUGGGCAUGGAAAUGGACCAAUGCAAAUGUCUGGGCCAAUGCAAAUGUCAGGCCCAAGUGGACCAAUGCAAAUGUCAGGCCCAAAUGGACCGAUGCAAAUGUCUGGUCCAAAUGGACCAAUGCAAAUGUCUGGUCCAAAUGGACCAAUGCAAAUGUCAGGCCCAAAUGGACAAAUGCAGAUAUCUGGUCCUGCUGGAAGUAUGGCGGACCCCCGAUCUACUCAUCCAAUGUCAAGUCCUAGAGGAGGUGGACCUAUGCAUAUGGGACCAAAUGGUCCACAAUCAAUUGGGAAAAUUUAUCCUCCAAAUCAGUCCAUGGUGUUUAAUCCAGCAAAUCCAAAUGCCCCUCCAAUUUAUCCAUGUGGAGUGUGUCAUAAAGAAGUCCAUGAAAAUGACCAAGCAAUUCUUUGUGAGAGUGGUUGUAAUUUUUGGUUUCAUCGAAUGUGUGCAGGGUUAACUGAGCCUGCCUUUAUCAUGUUAACACAGGAAGUAUAUGCUGAAUGGAGUGUGAUAGACUACUUUGGAACCUCAGGAGAACAUGUAACAGAGGUUAAUGCCUAUCUUCAAAACAGCAAGCUCCUUAUAUCCAAUGACUGGACGAAUGGCGCACCAGUUAAACUAAAGCGGCCCUCUUUUUGUCCAAUUACAAAUAUGACAUCACAAAUCCGCGUCAAUUUACCGGACGAGACUAAAAAUCGCGGAAUAAACUCAGGAGUGGCGCUCAUAUUGGAAUCUGCCGAUGGCAAAGUCCUCCUCACUAGACGGGCGAAGACUCUUCGUACAUUUCCCGGAGUUUGGGUCCCUCCUGGUGGACAUUUGGAGGAGAAUGAGACGUUCAUACAAGGAGGAUUACGGGAGUGUCAUGAAGAAACUGGACUCGAUAUGUCACCUGAGCAGUUUGUGUCUGAAGAUAUUAAACUUUUGGCUCUGUGGGAGUCUGUGUAUCCACCAAAGUUAACACUAGGGGCUCCGAAACGUCAUCAUAUUGUAGUUUACUUACAUGGAAAAUUAAAACCUGGCUUUGAUUCCAACACCAUGAACAAACAACUGCAACUGGACCCAACUGAGACGGACGCAUGUGCCUGGUUUGAUAAAGAUUUAGUAACUCGUAUAACACAAGCUAAUGAAGAAAAAUCCCUAGAGCCAGGGCAUAAACUUGUAGAACAACAAAGAGACGCCGAAUUCAUCAGGGGCCAUGUAGUUGAGGAAAAACAGACUGAAAUGGACAUUCCUUUAGAACCACUUCUGAAGGUGUCAGGAACAGACACAGAUCACGAGAGAGUCAGCACAGGAACAAAGUUUGCGUUAGAAGAGUGGCUUAAGUACAUACAUGUAUCUACCCCAUCUUAGUACAUAUGUAACAUGGUUAGACUUGACAAAAAUAAACAUUCACUUAAAGUCAA